CGUCCAGAUUAGGUGAGCCCAGAGCUGGAUAUACUACUUGGAAAGUUAAUUGGCCGUCAAUUCUGCGCACGCGUAUUGGAUCAUAGGAAGGAAGCCCAGGUUGUGUGUGAAAUGCAGACGUUUCAUCUACUUGAAGUUUAGCUUAGUGUGACAACUCCCUGGUUGUAAGUGGAUGCUACACUACAUAGGAUGGAGAACUCUACUAAAGAGGACUACAAGAUCCAGUCAUUUGACUUGGAGACUCAGAAACUGUUGAAAACGGCACUGAAAGAUCCCAGUGCAGUGGACCUGGAUAAGGUCUCCAAUGUCAUUGUGGACCAAUCUCUGAAGGACCAGCUCUUCAGCAAAGAAGCUGGACGCAUCUGUUACACGAUUGUUCAGGCAGAGGCCAAGCAGAACAAUGGCAGCGUGUUUCGGCGGAACCUUCUGAACCGCCUGCAGCAGGAGUUCAAGGCCCGGGAGGAGACCCGGCUACGCUCGCUGCAGGAGUGGGUUUGCUACGUCACCUUCAUCUGCAAUGUUUUUGACUACCUCAAGGUCAACAACAUGCCCAUGGUGGCUCUGGUGCACCCUGUGUUUGACUGUUUGCUCAGACUGGCUCAACCUGAUGCUCUGAACAACGAAGAGGAAGUGGACUGUCUGGUGCUGCAGCUGCACCGCAUCGGGGAUCAGCUGGAGAAGAUGAACUACCAGCGGAUGGACGAGCUCUUCUUCCUGCUGCGGGAUGGCUUCCUGCUCCUGGAGGGGCUCAGCUCCAUGGGCCGGCUCCUUCUGCUGGAGAUCCUGGAGUUCCGGGCUGGUGGCUGGACACUCAGUGACACGGCCCAGAAGUACUACUACAGCGAAGUCUCUGACUGACCUCUGAACGUGCACUGUCGUAGGGUGGAGGCCUGAGGGCAGUGUGUCUUGGGCUGCUUAGCUGGGUUGUUUUGGUGUGAGGAUGAUUAUGAAGCUGGCUGAAGAGGCCAAUAGACUAGCCACCAGACGACUAGGGUACGUUCUUCUAGUUGGAGUAAUUGAUCUUCUUAGUAGAUUGGAGUACUGAUCUUUUCCUUUAAACAUUUUUAAGUGUAAAUGUUUCUAUUAAGAGUCAAUGAUGAAUAAGGAGAUGGUCUGCAGGGGUUUGGGCAGUGGACUAUUAAGAUUGUUGAGAGUUGAGAAAAAAUAUACAUUUUUGUUCAAACUACCACUGCAACGUGGAAUGUGCAAUUGACAACCAAAAAAGGACAUAGAUUGUUGUUGCUAAGAUUUUUAUAUUUAGUUUGUGUUUGGUGCAUCUAGUAUUUGACUGAAGUUCACAUUCCUCUUGAAGGCAGAUUUUCAUUUAAAUGCCUUUUAUUGCUCGACAUUCCAGAUUUCUGAAACAUUUAAUAAUUUUCACUUGAGGCAUUGGAAUUCUCAGUUCUCAGUCACAUACCUGUCAGGCAAAUACAGAUUGAAGAAGACUAAAGUACAUUGAUUUGGUUUUCUGAACCAAAUGUUAUGGUAUUUUAUCAUUUCUUGUAGUUUUAAAGGUGAAAUAUGAAGAAACUAACAUGUUUUUGUUCCGAGCUGGUUGGGAACAAAGUCCCAAAGCCACUUUUCAAUGGCUAAAGUUCAGCACUUUUUUGAAGUGGUAUUGACAUUUCAGAGACAAUCUGGCCUUUACAUAUGAACACAGUUUUUCUAUGUAGGAAUGCAAACACAGCGUUGGACGAUGUUUAAAAUUUGAAUUGUGGACCAAGUUUUCAAAACCUUCAUGGCAGCAUUUCACUUAAGGUGGAUAUUGACAAUAAUUAACCAUUUAAAAUGUAGAAAUGGGACAUGGUUAGGCUAGGUUAAGAUGUGCUACACACAAGGGGUUUUCCAGUGGUGGUUUGUGCAGCAAGCUUUUCUGAAGCAACUUUGGUGAUACAACAGGUGCCAAUGUACUGACAGCAAUACACCCAAAUCAGGUCAAUGCUGGCAAAAAACUAUUUUACUGGUGUUUUUUAUACCCAAGAUUUCGUAUUUAUAGAGGGAUAUUUGGUGCUACAAAAUUGAAGAUGCAGUUUAUCUUAUUUAGCUACUGUUUUAUGUGUGUACACUGCCACAAUACUGACUAUAUAAAUUAAAUAAGCAGAUAAUACUUUAUUAUUGCAAGAAUAUAUUUUUAUUUUUGCAUAUUUUCUAAAAUGUACCUGAAGAUCCCACCAGCACUAACACUUUGUUGACAUGGAUGUUCCAGAUAGUAGUUUGGAGUAUUGUUACUUUUCUGAUUUGAACAGUGUGCUGACAGCUUAACCGAGAUCACCAAAUCAAAGCAGUGCCCUUUGAUUCGCUGCACACAGGCUUGGAACAAUAGCAGAGCUUUUUCUAGAGAAAAACAUUUUGUGAAGUGACACUAGCUACCAUAUCUUAAAGAUGUUUAACACAUAUUGGGCUGUUUUUUGUUUAUUUAAUAGAUUUAAGCAACCUGUACUUGACCUUAAUUUAGCUUUUUUGCUAGUUACCAGUAGUAACAAUAUGAGCUACUAACCAAGUUGCAUGACUGCUACUGGGUACUGCCAUAGGUGUAAGCCUACUAGUCCAGAUAUACUUUUGGGGUUCAAGUCUCUGAGUACAUUCUUUAUAGCUUAAAUUUUUAAGAUAUAUGUGUAUUUAUUACCAUAUUCACACUACAUCACCAUUGUAAUAGAGUUGCAAGUGAAACUAGAAAGGUUUUCCUGAUGUCAUGUCUUUUUUCUAUCUAAUUACCAAAUAUACUGGAACCUUUUGUACAUGUACCUAUUCUGAAUACAGAUGGUUCCAUGGUAGGAUGGGUCUUAGACUUAUAUUUUUAUAGAACCAUUGCCAUCACUAACCUGUUCCAAAUGGAAAGUUCACUGCUUGGUUUCCAUUUUUCAGUACAUUGACAUGUUGAUUUGUUAAAAUAAAUCAAACUGGGUAAAAUGUU